GUAUUUAUAGAUUUUACACAGAAUAUGGAUUCCCAGUUGUCGUAGGAUGUAUAGACUGUACUCACGUGGCUAUAUUUCCACCCUCAAAGAACAAUGAAAUGUAUCCAGAACAUGUAUAUGUAAAUCGAAAAGGAUACCAUUCCAUAAAUACACAGUUAAUUUGUGAUUCAAGAAUGAAAAUUUUAAAUGUUAAUGCUCGAUAUCCUGGAAGUUGUCAUGAUAGUUUUAUCUGGAAUCAUUGCAAUGUUUUGCCAGUGAUGCAAACUUUACAUGCACGAGGGCAUGAUAAUUUUUAUUUGAUAGGUGAUUCAGGUUACGCACUAAGACCAUGGCUUCUAAUUCCACUGAAUGAUGUUCAACCGGCUACUCCAAAAGAACGUUAUAAUCAAUGUUUUAAAAGAACACGCUCAAUUAUUGAAAGAUGCAACGGCUUAUUAAAAAUGCGCUUUCGUUGCUUGUUGAAACACCGUGUACUUCAUUAUACUACAAACGUGGCUUCUAAAAUUAUAAAUUCAUGUGUAGUUCUGCACAAUAUGUGUGUAGAAAAUAAUUUACCUCUUCUAGAUGAUGAUUAUGAUUUACAUAUGGAUUUUGGUAUGUUGAAUGAGAGAUCAAUAGAAGUUGAAGCUGUUGUAGGGCGUUUAAAUCCUGAUCUUACAAAAGCAAGAGUAAUGCAACGCCGUAUAAUUAGAAAUUUUUUCUUAAAUUAAAUAUAAAUCUAUCAAUAAUGCAAUAAUUAUAUAACAUUUUGUUUAAUUUUAUUUUGCUUAUAAUAAUAUUUUGUACACACAUAUAAUGAACACAAAACACAU